AUUUCUUUAUAUACUGUCCGCUCCAACACGAAACCAAGGUGGAAAGUUUAAGCCUUGAUGAACAAGAAAAUUUCUAUAUUAUAUACCCCGUUUCCGUCUUCUUCGAAAGCCCCACAUUGUCCUAAGCCCUCUCUGCGUUGCUUAUGGCGAAGCUAAAGAUUGCAGGGACAUGGGCGGGUGUGCUGGAGGUUGAAUUGGAGGAUUGGACCGUACCCAUGUUGAGAGAAGAGGUUGCAAAGCGAUCAAACUGUGAGAGCAACUCAAUCAAUUUGAUAUGCGCAGGAAGAGUUUUGAAAGACGGCGAUGGAAACGAGAAGUUGGCCCAAUUGGGUAUCAAGAACAACGCCAAGAUUCUUGCUAGUCGGGUAUGUGCUGAAGAGGGUAAGUCUUUGAAGGAGGAGUUGCUAGCUGAAGACGAACGCUCUCGCAGACUGGCUCGAGUCAAGGCAGCUGCCACUGCAUUGGCCAAGAGACAUGCAGAUGGUUCAUUGCCGAUUGAAGACUUCAAUAUAGUACUUGAAGAUCAAAGUGGAAAGAAAGUACAGUUGGGAUCUGAGACUGAUCAGCGGGCAAUCAUGAUGGGCCUGAUGCUUCAUACAAAUGGAAAACAACUAAUUAAAAGACAAAAUUAUAAAGAUGCAUUAGAAGUGCUUGCCAUGGGAGAGGAGGCUUUCUCUCUUUCUGACCCGAAGGUUAUAGAGCUUGUUGACAAUCCUCCAAUACUGCAAAUCGAUAUGGUUUGGUGCUAUUUCAUGCUCCGAGACAUCAGCUGUGUCUCAGUGGCAGGAGUUCGCCUUGAGAAAGCCAGAGAAGGAAUUGAACGAGCUCAUGGAAAGGACUCUUCUCGUGUCAGACUCCUUCAGGCAGGCCGCUUCCCAGAGCUUGCACUAUAUUUGAGACUGGAGCUGCUGGAAGGGGUGGUGGCGUAUCACAGUGGUCAGUUUGAGAAAUCAAGGAAGGUGCUAGCUUCUGCACAAGGAAAAUUCACCCAGCUACAGGUGCCAGAUGAAGCCCUAUCACUUGUUAUGAGCAUGGGGUUUAGAGAACGAGAUGCAAAAAGGGCAUUGCGGAUUAGCAAUCAAGAUGUUUCUAGUGCUGUUGAUUUUCUUGUUGAGCAGAAGGCUAAGAGAGCCCAAAAACGGGAAGAAGAUAUUUGGCGACGAGAUGAAAUUAUGGAGCAAAAGAAGUAUGGGACAACGCCUUUGAAGAAAGCUGUGGAUCUUCAGAAAUUGAAUCAAUUGGUCUCCAUUGGGUUUGACAAGGAGCUUGCUGCUGAAGCGCUUAGAAGAAAUGAGAAUGACGCUGAGAAGGCAUUGGAUGAUUUGACAAAUCCAGAAACUAAUUCCUCCAUACAGGUAUAUAUUGAGUCGAGGAAAAGGAAACGACAGAGCCAAGCAGUUAAUACUUCAGUUGAAGCGCUUGUAGGCAUGGGCUUCGAAAGAUCAAGAGUGGUUGAAGCUUUUCAGGCUGCUGGGGGGACAAUGGAGCAAGUAUUGCAUCAGUUGCUCUCAGAAAAUGCAGGAAACCCCACAAAUGCUGCUAGCAAUAAUAUCCCGACUGAUGCUGCUAAUGACAUUGCAAAUUCUCUUGUUUCAAUGCUGAAUAAUAACGUUGAUCAAAAUGGUGAAGUUGGAGGUCCUUCAACUGCUGGUGAAGGAGGAGAGCGUGAUGCUGAGAUGGAAGAUGAACUUGCUGGAGAACUAGCGGAAGGAGAUGCUUUAUCGGACUAUGACCUUGAAGUUACCAAAGAAGGUGAAGCCAUAAACGAGUAUUUGGCUCUGCUGGACUCGGCAGGCAAAUAGUGAGAGAGCAUCAUCUUCCCAAUGAGAAGAGCACAACUCUGAUAAUAAGCAAGGGAGAUUCUAUGUAAAUUAUAUAUAAUGAAUGGUAUAUAUGAAAACAGUGUAGGCGUUAGACUUAGUUGUGGUGAUGGCACUACAGUUACCAUUGGCAUUCCAGAUUAUUAAUGCUGCUAUAUAUCUGUCGUUUAUCCCAACGACAUCUAACACCGUUUUUUUCUUUUUCUUUUUCCCAUUAAUAUCAAUGGCAUGUCGUUUGAGUAGCCCAA